GAUUAUGGUGUGUCCACGGAGAGUCAUCGGUUGUAACAAAUGCCCCACCUUGGUCGGGAGGCUGUGCAUGUGUGGGGGCAGGGAGUACAUAGGACAUCGCUGGGCCUUCUGCCCAAUUUUGCUGUGAACCUAAAUCUCAAAAAACCAAAGAUUUUAAACAAAAAAGAGCAGACUCGGCGGCCGGCCGUGAGCAGAUCGACUUCUCUCGUUCGCGCACCUCGCUCGGCUUCCUCUGCGACCACGUCUGACAAACCCGAUACGGCUGCGAUUGAGAAACUCGCUAAGUCGAAACGGAAGAGGACAGAAACGCAAGAGAAAAAUCCACUGCCUUCAAAAGAAACGAUCGAACAGGAGAAGCAAGCAGGCGAGUCGUAAUGAGGCACACGCUGCCAGUAUGCACCAUACAUUCCACAAGCAUUGCCUUCAUGUUUUACUUCUUGUAGCUGUUUAACUUUGUAAGAUGCAAAGAGGUGGGAUCGGUGUAAGUGGCUGUGCUGCCCCUUUUCAGAACUACUG